UCUGAUCCUGGGGGAGAAUCACCUGCCGUGGAAUCUCAGGGGGUCGAGAGGAGGAACCAGCAGCGUUCUGUCUCUGCGCCACUCACUAAUAUUUAGCCGCGACCAUGUUCCUCGGGGACCCGGUUACGGUGCUUCUGGCGGUGGCGCUGUGUCUCAUUGUGGCAAAUACACUUUAUAGGCAGAAAAGGGACAGUUACAAGAAUUUCCCACCUGGACCGAAGCCCUUACCCAUCAUUGGGAAUAUUCACAAUAUAAAUCUGAAGAGACCGUAUUUAACAUACUUAGAGUUAUGGAAGAAAUACGGCCCCAUAUUCAGCGUACAAAUAGGAAGCCAGAAGAUGGUGGUGCUGUGCGGCUAUGAAACAGUAAAAGACGCUCUUGUAAAUUAUGCAGAGGAGUUUUCCGAGAGGCCAGUAGUACCUAUUUUCCUAGAUGCAGUGAAAGAAUACGGUAUUAUAUUUUCUCAUGGAGAGAACUGGAAAGUGAUGAGAAGAUUCACCCUUUCAACCUUACGAGACUUUGGGAUGGGGAGGAGAACCAUAGAAGACAGAAUUAAUGAAGAGUGUGAUUUCCUGGUAGAGCAGUUUAAAUCUUUCAAAGGAGAGCCAUUUGAGAACACCAUGAUAAUGAAUGCGGCUGUGGCUAAUAUCAUUGUAUCUAUAGUGCUUGGGCAUCGGUUUGACUAUCAGGACCCAAUAUUUCUGAGGCUAAUGAGUUUAAUCAAUGAAAAUAUAAGGCUUAUGGGGAGUCCUACGGUCAUGCUGUACAACGUGUUCCCAUCUGUAAUGAGAUGGCUGCCCGGAAAUCAUCAGACUGUUGGCAAAAAUGCAGCUGAGAAUCGCAGGUUCCUUAGAGAGACCUUCACAAAACACAGAGAUAAACUGGACAUCAAUGACCAGAGGAAUCUGGUUGAUGCUUUCCUUGUCAAGCAACAAGAGAAGAAUGGAAAUGCAGUGUACUUUCAUGAUGAGAAUCUGACAAUGCUCGUAUCCAAUCUCUUUGCUGCUGGAAUGGAAACCACUUCUACGUCUGUUCGGUGGGGCCUCCUCUUAAUGAUGAAAUACCCAGAAAUUCAAAAGAAUGUGCAGAAUGAAAUAGAAAAAGUGAUUGGACAGAGCCGGCCACAAACUGAGCAUCGUAAAUCCAUGCCCUACACCGACGCCGUUAUCCACGAAAUCCAGAGAUUUGGUAACAUUAUUCCCAUGAAUCUUCCCCAUGCGACUGCUCAGGAUGUGACUUUUAGGGGCUAUUUUCUUCCAAAAGGAACCUACGUGAUCCCGUUGCUGACAUCGGUCCUGUACGACCAAACUCGCUUUGAAAAACCAAAGGAGUUUUACCCUCAGCAUUUUCUUGACUCUGAAGGCAACUUUGUCAAAAAUGAAGCGUUCUUGCCCUUUUCAGCAGGAAAAAGAAGCUGUGCCGGAGAGAAUUUGGCCAAAAUGGAACUGUUCCUUUUCUUCACAAGCCUCCUGCAGAACUUCACGUUCCAGGCGCCUCCUGGGGAGGAACUAGAUCUCACCCCUGCCAUUGGGAUAACCACUCCGCCUUUGCCCCAUAAUAUUUGUGCUUUGCCUCGUACAUAAAUGGUGCCUAUUGUGCAAAUCCAAGGGAGCGACACUAAUUGUGGAAAAAUACUCCUAAAUUCUAGAAUUUUUAUUACUACUUACUUGUACAGAAAAGGAAACAGGAGUAGCAAUUGGACCUUGUGAAAAAAUCUGAGCACACAAUCAUUUUUUUAUUAACUGCUGCCCAUUGCCAUCAUCUCUUCCGGGUCUGACAUUUUUUAAGAUGUUUACGUAAAUAGGCAUAUUAACAGAUUACAAUGUGUGGCUCUUAUACAAUGAAAUGUUAUUUUAAGGUCCCUUCACACCAAAGUCAUGUUUGUUUUUGUUUUGUUUAUUUUAGGGUUAAGGUUAAGGUAGUUGUAGUUUUUAUUACUUAGUUAAUUUUAUUACUAAAUUACACUGUGUACAUUACAAAGAAUUCAUUCUAUCAUUUAAAAUGUUAUUCUUGAACCAAAAAGUGUAUUUUUAUUUCUUGGUAGACAGCCUUCUUGGGUCACUGCGCCAGAGCAUGAGCUUUCAGAAGGAGCCAGCGCUACACAUUAGAACUGCUUUCAGCUAACCUA